CGGUGGGCACGCGUUAUCGAGAGUCUCGUGACCAUAGCACAUGACCGGCAUAUGAGCUUCCUUGAUAACUGCAUACUAUAAAGCCGUGUACAUUGCCGUCUUCAGCCUGCUUCACCCUCCACACAAGAUGUUCAGAUACGCUGUUGUUGCCCUGCUGGUGGCCGUCGCCGUCGCCGCCCCUCUUGACCACGCCUUGGAUGGCGAGUGGGAGAUCUUCAAGCAGACCUACGGAAAGGUUUAUUCCACGGAUGAUGUCGUCAUCAGACGUCUGAUUUGGGAGAGAAGUCUGCAGUUCAUCCAGCAACACAAUCUGGAGGCGGACAGAGGCCUUCACAGUUACAGACUCGGGGUCAACGAGUACGCAGAUAUGACUUCAGAGGAGUUUGUGAAACAGAUGAACGGUUACAGAAUGGUCAACAGAACCCGUAAAGGUGCAACCUUCCUCCCACCCAACAACAUCGGGGCCCUUCCCACAGAGGUCGACUGGAGAACCAAGGGAUACGUCACAGAAAUCAAGAACCAGCUUGCCUGUGGUUCCUGUUGGUCAUUCUCCGCCACAGGAUCCCUGGAAGGUCAGAACUUCAAGAAGAAUGGAAAACUGGUGUCUCUCUCCGAGCAGAACCUUGUUGACUGUUCCAAGCCUGAAGGUAACCAUGGAUGCGGGGGUGGUCUCAUGGACUUUGCCUUUGAAUACAUCAAGACAAACGAAGGUAUCGACACCGAAGCUUCCUACCCAUACAAAGCCAGGGAUGGACGAUGCCGCUUCAAGAAGGCCGAUGUUGGCGCCACCGAUACCGGCUUCACUGACAUUCCCCACAACGACGAGAACGCUCUUCAGCAAGCUGUUGCCACUGUUGGUCCUAUCUCCGUCGCCAUUGACGCCAGCCGCCCCACCUUCCGCCUGUACAAGAGCGGCGUCUACGACGAGCCCACAUGCAGCUCUACCCGUCUUGAUCACGGCGUCUUGGCCGUUGGCUACGGCAGCAGCGAGGGCAGUGACUACUGGCUUGUGAAAAACAGUUGGGGUGAGACCUGGGGCGACGCCGGCUACAUCAAGAUGUCCAGGAACCGCAACAACCAGUGCGGUAUCGCCACCGAGGCCAGCUACCCACUUGUGUAGUCUGUCAUCAACAUGUUCAACUUGUACACGUGUUGACGGAAUCUUAGUAACAGAUUCUAAUAAAAGUGUAAAUAUA